AUGAAAAAUAUCGCACGCGAGUACCUGGCGGCGAGCUCAUGCCAUGGAAUACCGUACGUGGUGCACCCGAAACUGUCGAUUAUCGAAAGAGUGUGUUGGUCGGUGCUGGUGGUCGUCUCGCUGUGCGUUUGCAUCGCGGCCAUCGUUAUCGGGCACCAGAAGUGGAUCGAAAAGCCGAUCCUGGUUAGCUUCUCGCCGAAGCAGAUACCCAUCUGGCAGAUUCCGUUUCCGGCCAUCACCGUGUGCCCGCAGACGCGCGUCGACGUGGAGUGCUUCAACGUGACGGACGUGUACCGGAGGGCACGCCAUGCGAACCACACGCUGACCGAGGACGAGUGGCGUAAACUGCGCGCCCUCACGCACGUCUGUUCGGCGAUCAUGCGUCCGAAGCAUGACUACUACGAUGCCGAUACGGGGACGAACGGUAGCCGGCAGCAGGCGGGUGAGGACGAGCACGUCGUCCAGCAGCUGAUCAACAUGUCCAUACCGACGGACGAGCGGUUCAUUUCGUGCAUGUGGAGCUUUAACUUUCACCCCUGCCAGCGGUUCUGGGCUCGAAAGGUUACUGAGAAUGGUAUCUGCUACAGCUUCAAUAUGCUCUCGUCGGCGGAGUUGUUUACGGCGGAUCAGGAAUUUCGCGAGAAGGAAGUCAACCCGGACCAGGGUGGAAUACACAGGUUUCAUGCGGCCAACAUCCGCAGUACGGGCUGGACGAUGGAGAAUGGGUACACGGACACGGAGGACCUGCUGGCGUACCCUCGGAGGACGGCCAGUGCUGGGUUCAAGGGUGGAGUAAUAAUGCUGGUCAAGACGCUCGAACAGAAUCGGGAAUAUGUUUGCUCGGGAGCCCUGCAAGGCUACAAGGUGACGAUCCAUGCACCGGACGAGAUCCCACGGCUCAGCGAGUACCACAUUCGUGUGUCACCGAUGCAGGCCGUUUCGAUCAUCGUCAAACCACGCAUGCUGACCACGCAGAAGAGUUUACACCGGUUCUCGCCAUCCAAGCGACAGUGCUACUUCUCCGACGAACGGACGUUGCGCUUUUUCCGGGUGUACAACGAGCAGAACUGCGAGUUCGAGUGUCUCACCAACUACACGCUGGAGACGUGCGGUUGCGUGACGUUCGCCAUGCCUCGGCUCAACACCACACCGGUUUGCAGGGCGCACGAAAUGAAGUGCUACGAGAGUGCGGUCCAGCGGCUGAUGGAACUGGAAGAGAUGACGACCGAUACGGACCAGGAGCUGUGCGAUUGCCUGCCGACCUGCACGACGCUCAAGUACGACGUGGAGCUGUCCAACGACGAUCUGAACCUCAAAGCGAUGCUCGACUCCAUCGUAAAGGACGAAUCCGGACUGCAAGGCAACGACCUGAUGCUCCUGUACGUGUACUAUAAGGACAACAAGUUCAUCUACACCGAGCGCGUCGAGUACAUGAGCUUCACCAGCGAGCUGGCCAACUUUGGCGGCACGCUUGCCCUGCUGACCGGCAUGAGCUUGACCAGCUUCGCCGAAAUCGUCUACUAUCUGGCCGUGCGUCCGGUUUGCCUCUGGUCGAGCUCGAAGUACGGCAAGGCCAAAGUUGGCGACGACGUUUGCAAACAAACGAAGGACAACCUUCCGCUGCGCAAUGCUUAUAUUCCCAAGCACUGGGAAUCGGAGACACUCGAAGGACGACUGACACCCUGGAGCUUCAUUCCUGAUGCACUGCUGCAGCAGGUCCCAGGCGGCAAUAACGCGAGUGCAGGAGGUGAACAUGUGUUCCAGGGUGUCACACUCAACACAGAACAUGCAGGAAGCCGAAGGCGUGCGUCCCAUACGCAUAAGCAGCUCUCCGUGCGGGAUCUUGCCAUUCGCAAGCAAAUAUAA